AUGGAAACUCAACAAACUGCAAAAACUCAAUACAUUCAAAGCGGCGAUAUCAACUUUGCUUAUCGCCGCUUUGGCAAGGAAGGAAAUGGAAGCAUCCCGCUUCUCUUUUGCCACCACUUCCGCGCUCCCAUGGACGUCUGGGAUCCGCUCCUCAUCAACGCCAUAGCCGCCCAGCGCCCCGUUAUACUCUUUGACAAUGCGGGCGUGGGCAAGACAACGGGUUCGCCCGUCGACAACAGCAUAGCCCAGAUGGCUCAGCACGCUCUGGAUUUGCUAGCCGCUCUCGAGAUCUCCAAAGUCGACAUCUUGGGCUUCAGCAUGGGCGGUUUUGUGGCUCCGCUGGUCCAUCUGAACGGACCGCGGGGACUGGUGCGCAAGCUCAUCAUUGCCGGGUCCGGGCCCAGCGCCGGCGAGGACCUCAAGACGCAUUCCCAGGAAAGAAAAGAAGCCAUCAAUGCCUACGCCGCGGGACCCGAGGUGACACUGGAGAAUAUGCAAAAGCUCUUUUUCUAUGAUUCAGAUACAUCUCGAAAGGCGGGCGAGGAGUGGUUCGCCCGGAUCACGGAGCGCAACGAAUCGACCUCGGGCGAGCCGCGCGCCGCCUGGGUAUCUGAAGGGUAUGCCGACGGCGGCGCGGGGCUGCAGAGUCAAGCCGGCGCUCUUGCGCGUUGGGGCAAUCUAGAGUUUAGGCAUGAGGGGAGUUAUGAUCGCCUGCACGAGAUUAGUGUCCCCGUCUUCAUUGCGCAAGGCAAGGACGACUUCAUGGUUCCGACAUAUAACAGCUUUGUGAUGCAGCAAAAGAUUUCCAACGCGAGGCUCAAGAUCUUCCCAGACAGUGGACACGGAUUUCUGUAUCAGUUUGCCGAGGAAUUUGCUGAAGAUGUUUUGAUAUUUCUAGAUUAA